UAAAUGUGUGUUCUGUGGAAGACCUUUAUUUUGGCACUUCCGGUAGUGCUCAGAAGCGGAAGUUUUGCAGCACGUCACACGUGUUUAGUACGAGACUAAACUCGAGGAAAAAUGGCUAAGAACAGCAAAUUAAAGCAGAAAACAAAUGGUAAAAGUGGAGCGAAACAGAAGCAGCGUAAAUGUGUGCUGAUGUUCGAUGAUAAAGACAGACAAGAUUUCCUGACGGGUUUCCACAAGAGGAAGCUGGAGCGGCGGAGAGCAGCGCUGGAGGAGAUGAGGAACAAGCUGAAGGAGGAGCAGAAGCGCGUGAGAGAGGAGAGACACAAAGAGUAUCUGAAGCAGCUGCAGGAGCGCCGCGAGGCUCUGGACGAGGCGGACGAGCUGGAAGACGUGAUCACGGCGACGACAGAGAGCAUUCAGUACGACCAUCCCAACCACACCGUCACCGUGACGACCAUCAGCGACCUCGACCUAUCAGUAGACAGAUUGCUAGAGCCACAGCAGAGAGAUGAACAGAAUGAAGAGGAGAAAACAAAAGCCCUUCCCAAGAUAGCUGGAAACCCGCUCCUGUCCAAAAAGAUCCAGAGCCUCACUUCAUCGCUCAACAGCCUCACUAAACAGAAGAGGAGGGGCAAACGGAGGUCCAAAAAGGAAAUGAGGCGGAGAAACCAUCAGAGCGAAAAGAAGUCCUCAUCCACCCAAGACAACAAGAUCCGCCCGGGCAGAAGCACAAAGGCGCAGAGACGCAAACGAACGGGUCAGAGCGAACGCCAUCAGGACUGAUGGAGUUACACUCGAGAUGACGCGUGUCUGUCAGACUCACAGAGCGACUGAUGCAUCGAACCCAUGAACUCUAUUUUUACAUGUUUGAUACUUUAAAAGGACAUUAAAAAGGAAAGCUUACAUGUUACAGUGUCAUACUUUCAUUCCCUCUUUAGGCCUGUUCACAGCAAUAACUGUAUAACAGUCAGUAACUGUAAUGAUAACAGUACUGAUAACUAUAUAAUAAUAAUAAUAAUAAUAACUAUAACAUUCAGUAACUACUAUAUAAUUACAGUAACAAUAAUUAAGUACAGUAUAUAAUAAAUAUAAUAUUCAGUAACUAUAAUGAUAAUGUCUCAGAUCUACCAUGUCUGCACUUCAUUUCCCAUCAUCCCUCCUUGACCUCACCUGCACUCCAUCGGCCAUCACCUCUCCUGAAAGCUAAUCACACACACCUGCACCUCGUCUGCCCCCUCAUCAUAUAUAAGCACACACCUCACCUCUGUUCAUGGUCCGGUCUCGUUCUAACAAAGAGGAGUCUCUCAAUGUUUCUCCAAGUGACUGUUCUCCAGCAUACCUCCUGUCUUAUCUCCAUUGUGAUCUCCUGUUCUCUACUCCAGCGUGUCGGCCAGUUUUAUACCAACAAGGUGUGUGCAUUCAUCUGUCCUCCCUCUGGUCCAUCCACGAUCUCCUGUAAGAAAAGUCAUUCCAUUAUUAUCAUCAUCUACACAGUCAAAAUAUCAUUUGAACUUCCUACUUGCCUGCCAUCAUCCCAUCUGCUCUGUUGCUGUCAAUAAAGACAUCUGUAUAACUGUA